AGGCACCGGACCCGAUCUCGACUUUCGCGUCCAUUGCUCCUCAGAAUCGCGAUGAUGUUUUGGUUAACACUCACUCUGUCUGUGGUGAUCCUAGGGUUGGCAGAGGCUAAAUGCAACGCCAAUGGAACGGCCUUCGAUUUCAUCAUAGUAGGUGGCGGUACAGCCGGCCUUGCGGUCUCUGCCCGCCUCUCGCUCUCGCUCCCACAAUCAUGCAUCCUUGUCCUGGAAGCCGGCCCCGACGGUCGUGACGAACCCGGUAUCUACAUUCCCGGGCGCAAAGGUUCUACUAUCGGGGGGAAAUACGACUGGAACCUUACUUCAACUCCACAGCCCGGUCUUAGUUCCCGGGUCGUGCCUCAGACGCGCGGAAAGGUCCUUGGUGGAACUUCAGCGCUGAAUUUGAUGGUCUGGGAUCGAGCCAGUGCGCAGGAAUUCGAUGCAUGGGAAGGUCUCGGGAACCCAGGGUGGAAUUGGAAGAGCAUGUAUAAAGCAAUGCUGAGGGUGGAGAAUUUCUUCCCAAGUGAGGAGUAUGGGGAGGAGGGCGUUGGACAUAGAGGACCGAUUCAGACGUUGAUUAAUCGAAUUCUGCCCGAGCAUCAAAAGACAUGGAUUCCGACGAUGAAUUUUCUGGGGAUGGAGUCGAACUUGGAGAGUUUGGGGGGCUAUCCACUGGGCGUUAUGAGGCAGCCGACGAAUAUCCGCGAGUCGAAUUACACACGAUCGUAUUCACCGGAGUACCUGAAUCUUGCAGGACAAAAUCUGAUCCUUAAGCUCGGAAUGAGAGUUGCGAAGAUCAAUUUCAAGAAGCUAACAGCGACGGGGGUCACGUUGGAUAACGGUUCAAUACUCACCGCGACAAAAGAAGUUAUUAUUUCGGCCGGCUCUUUCCAAUCUCCACAACUCCUUGAACUAUCCGGCAUCGGCUCUUCUACCGUACUUUCCGCCGCCGGCGUUUCAAUUAUCAAGGAAUUGCCCGGCGUGGGAGAGAACCUACAAGACCAUGUCCGCAUCAUGAACUCGUAUAAACUAAAGCCAAACUUCACAUCCACCGACAUCCUACGCGUGAACGCUACAUACGCAGCGCAGCAACUCGCACUCUACAAUGCUGGAGAAGUGAGUUUAUACGAUUAUACAGCAAGUGGAUACACAUACAUGAACUGGUCUUCCAUUUCUUCAAAUACUUCAACCUACCUCACCAACAUAGCUAAAUCUGCAACCCCAAAUCCCUCACCAGUUGAUAAGCUGAAACUUUCAUGGCUAGAGGCCCCAUAUACUCAGACGGUUCCACAACUGGAAAUAAUUUUUUCCGACGGAUUAACCAGUGUUGCUGGAUAUCCAGCCGCGAAUUCGAGUCUCUACGGCUCGUUGUUCUUCACGCUUAUUAGUGCGGUCCAACAUCCGCUUUCGAGAGGCAACGUACAUAUCACUAGCGCUAAUAUCUCUACUCCACCAACGAUAAAUCCCAACUACCUCUCCCACCCAUACGACCUUGCCGCCUUGAAAGUCGCCACGAAAUUCGCGCGGCAGAUCGCAGAUACCUCCCCCAUGAAAGAAGUUUGGGACACGGAAUACGAGCCCGGGGCUGGCGUGCAGACGGAGGCGCAAUGGGAGAAUUUUGUAAGGAAGACAACGUUGAGUAUAUAUCACCCCGUGGGUACUUGUGCGAUGAUAACGGAGAAGGAUGGAGGGGUUGUCAGUCCGGAAUUGAAGGUUUAUGGAGUCAAGGGCCUGAGGGUGGUGGAUGCGAGUGUGGUGCCAGUGGGUGUGGGGGCACACAUGCAGACUGUGGUUUAUGGGGUUGCGGAGAGGGCGGCAGAAAUAAUCGCGAAAGAGUACAAGUGA